AUGGAGCAUAGAAACGAGUAUGAAGUUGUAAUUCCCCUGAGCUCACUGAUGCUCCCUGAUCUCAAGUUGAAGAACUUAUCCACUCAGCUGAGAAUUCAGUGGGCUGAAAGCAACGUGGACAUCCUACUUGAGCCUCAGGACGGCAUUGAAGAUGCAGGAGAGUUACUCGAAUUUGUGAACAAGAGGGCCUGGAUAGAAGAUGGUGUUCAAGAUGCACUGAAGAAACCAGGCAGCUCUCUGCAUCUUUAUGAUACAAGUGAUGAUACUGGUGAAAGUCAAUCAGAUGCUUCUCAAUUGAGUGAUUCGGGUGAAGAACCUACACCGACCAAAACACUUUAUCUUUUGAUGGAACUUUGCAAAAGUACUUUAGCUGACGAGUUGGCAGCAAACAGAAAAUUUUCUGGUACUGAAAUCAGUCAGAUUUUCAGAGCUACAGCUGAAGGACUGGCCUAUAUCCAUUCCAAAAACCUGGUUCAUGCUGACAUAUCAACUGACAACAUAUUCUUUGAUUUCCAAGGGGUGGCAAAAAUUGGGGAUUUUGGACUUGCUAUUGAGGAUGAUGGGAUUAGCCGGGCAAUUGGAGGAAAAUUCAAAUAUCUUCCUCCAGAACUGAAGAGUAAAACAAUGGGGAAAGUGGUUAAGAAGGGGAUACUGACCAAAGCCUUCGAUGUCUAUGCUUUGGCAGUAGUAAUGGUAGAAUUAGUUUAUUCUGUGACCUCAGAUAUGGAGCUGUCUAAACUCUUUGAAACCGUGGCAGAAAAUGGACUCUUUCCCCAACAAACAAACAUGGCUGUUGGUGAAUUUGAUGUUGUACGUCUCAUGUUGAGUUCUAAUCCUUCAGAUCGUCCCCCUGCUGAAGAAAUUCUUAACAUGAUUCAUGUUGGAGAAGCUGCACCAGCUUCUUCUCUGUCAAUAAAAACUGAAACAUUUAUCCAGGGUGAGGGUGAAAGGGGAUUCUGGUCAGGUUUUCCAGAAGAUUUGAUAUUUCAGAUCCUGUAUAGGUUGCCAAUAAAUGAUUUAUUUGCACUGAAACUUGUGUGCAAAGAGUGGAACUUUGUGAUAUCCAGGCUCUGUAUUCCCAGGCUAUGCCCACCCUACCCUUGUGCUCCUUUGUGGGGUUUACUCUGUUUCAAGGAUCCCCUUUCUCCUCCCGAUUCCGAAGAAGUUAGGGAUGAACAUCUUAAGGAUCCUAGUAGUGAGGACAAACUCUUGAAAUUUUACUUCAGACUUCUCUACCAAUAUACUUUAGGCACCAAAAUAUUUCCUCUUAGGUUUUUGGCAGGCACGAUUGAGGAUCACUUUUUGCCUCUCCUUCCACCGGAGGAUGGGUGUGAUGCUUCUGAUAUUCGUGACUGUUGCAAUGGUCUCUUACUCUUAGCCUCCUCCACAAACAGAUAUUAUGUGGCCAACCCUGUCACAAAACAGCGUCUUUUAGUCCCUAGAAACUCCCAUCGCCACGAUAACACCAACAUUAAAUCCACUCAUUCCUCAUUGGUUUUUGAUCCUUCCUUUUCCCUUGGGUUUAAGAUUGUCAGGUGCGUUCGCCCCGCUGAACACUCCACAGUUACUCAUCCCAUGGAAUUGGACAUUUUUAGUUCUGAUACUGGACAAUGGUCCAGCCAUGUUCUCCCGCUUGAGCCUCAUGGUCUUUACGGUUUCGAGUGGCUUCGCCGUUCUGUUUACUUCAAUGGGGCUCUCUAUUCUCUGUCUUUGGCUAUGUACUUAGUGUGCAUUGACAAGCUGAUCCCGCAGCCCAGCAGGAAUACUAGCAGCAGAAUAAGUAAGGAUGAUAGUUGGUUAGAUCUAGAAGCUUGGGCUAUUGAGCUUCCUGAUAGAGAUCUUAUACCAAGGGAGCUUCUUCCAAACUGUUGCGGGUGCAUUGGGUUCUCCUCAGGGUGUUUUUAUUACUCCAAUCGCGAUGCGCAAGGUUCAUCCAUGUUUGUGUGGAUGCUUGUCUCUAAAGGGAAAAAUUCUGAAUGGGUUCUGAUCCACACCAUAAGCAUUGCAGAUGACCUGGUCUUGACCCUCCUACCUGGUCCUAAUCGUGUAAAGUAUUGGAAAAAAUUUGAUUGCUUUAGGCCUCGUGCAUUUUUACCAAAGGAUGAUGCUAUGGUUAUUGCAGCUCCGGAACUGAUCAUCUCCUACCACUUAAAGACCAAACUGGUUAACGAGCUUUGGUUACCCCCCAACCCGUGGCACUGUAACAGGAAAACUUUACAAUUGGAUGGAAAUUGGAUCUUUCCCUUCUCACCAUGCCUACUGCUGCUCGAUACCAUUGCUGCUACUAAAUAAUUGUGCUGCUCCUGUUGUAAGUUCACUUUUCUCAAAUGCUUGAACAAAGGUUGCAUCUUUAUGUAAUGAAAUACCUUAUUCCUUUACAGAGAAGAUUUUCAUAUUUGUAUGAAUGGCUGAUAAAUUGGUUGAUAACUGUGCUACUGUCAGGAUUAUUUUUUCCUUUCGCUGCCUUCAUCUUGUGCCAAUAUUACCCUUAGAGAGGAACUCCGUAUUUCGAAUUUUCUCUGGGCUGUUUUCCUUAUUAUGCUCUGUUAAUUAUAUGCAACUUAAAGUUCUAAUUGCUAAUCAUCUCUAGCAUAGGAGACGAGUUUAGUGAUACCUAAUUUAUGCGGAGUGUAGAAGAAUGGCGUUAUGCAGAAUGGCCUUUCAGCUCUCCUUAUGCUUGGAAAUCGAUUUCUUGCUCAGUCAGUGCUUUGUAUUUUGUUUUCUGUGGCAGAAAAUCAAUUCUAGGUAUUAUUCGUCUUUCAGUUUUGAUUGAUCAGCGGUUUUGAUCUUUUUUAAGAUACUAGGUUAUGCUAAUUCAAGGUAUUUAAAUUAUGAUCUUUUUUAAGAUACAAGUUACACCUGGUCUCCUUGAUGUUGCUAUCUUGACAUUCAACUGCUGUGAGUUUUUCAUGAAACUUUUUGGAUAUCUUAAAACAACAUUUACGUUACUACCUCCACAAAAGUGCUUUGCUUUGGGAAUUGCCAUACUACUUCCUCUCGUCCUGUUUGAAUUAAUUUGCCAUAUGGAAGUCUGCGUUUUCCUUGGUUGUUCUUCCACAUUCUUUAUGUCCAACAACAAUGCAGGUGUAUGUUUGAAGAGAUUCAGGGGCUGCUUGCGAUGAUGCCCUCAAAUCUGUUCAAGGAUGUUACAUAUUUUCCAUCAAAUUUAAAAGAAGCCAUCAGAUCUUGCCGUACACAAGCAGUUUACUAUUGUAUGGCCAGAUUGCAGCUUUGCCUGAGGUGUGGGAGCAAUCAGUUCAACUCCCUCCCCCCGCUCCAACUACUCCCUCUUUUGGUAGUGAAGAGUUGACUGUUUUAGUCAAAUUGGAGUCAAGUCGGCCUUUAUUUGUUUAUUAAGGGGAUAAGGAUAAUUAACACCCGAGUUAUGUCUUAAAGAGAAGAAUUGUACAGUCUCUAAUUGGUGUCAUCGUUACAAUUUUAAUAUUUUAUACUAGAUGUUAAACCCGCACGAUGUGCGGGGUUUAUACAUAUACAUCUAUUAAAAUAUAUUUUUAAAUUUUAAAUGUGAUUAAUAUAAAUAAAGUAACUGG